AUGCAAGAGGCGUUGGAGAAAAGCUUGCAAAUGUUUCAAAAUCCUAACAGCGGUGCCCGAGCCGAAAGUUUUAGAUGCGUUCUGGUUGUGACUGGUGGACAGUCCAAUGUGAAACGGAACAAAACGCUCUUGAAUACCAUGGACCUGAAGCUCGACGCUUUUUUUUUCUACAGGUUAUUUUUUCUAUUUGUUUGUUUGCAUUAUUCACAGUUUUUUUUUCGGUUGAUGUUGUGAAACCACCAAUGUAAUUAAAUGUCAGUGUAAUGAAAUGUAUAUGUUUUUUCGUUAAUUUGAAAGAUUUAGAAUUUUGUAAGGACUCUUGGGAGAAGAAGCCAAGUAAACCUGACUUAGCGCAAUAUCGUCUACUAUGGUGAGUGAUUUUGGACGUCAGUGACCUAAAUAUUUGCAGAUCAGGGGAUUGAUUCAACACUUACUUUUGAAAUAAUCCUUUUCUCACUGUGAGCACAUCCUUAUGCUUAUUAUGCUUUCACUUUUUUGGUGUGAUAUAAUUCAAAUUAUAGUAGUUCAAGAAAAUGACCUUGAAGAAAAAUUGUACCGCUGCCUAUCAGCCAUAAGGAUAUUUUGGAAAGAUUUGAAAUUUUUCAUUUGCGAAAAAAGGGAAAAUUGGACAGCAAUUUAACCACUGCAAAGAUCCACAUUCAUUCACCCAAUGACUGGGUGAACCAAUUCAGGAAUGUAAGAUACCAUUUUGAAUACCAGGGUGCUCUGCUUGCUGAUCGAACAAAGCAAGUUGCAUUGUACAAUAUACUUCUGAGGUGAACUUCGAACAGAGCAUACCUCAUACCAGAAUUUGUUUAUGUGCCUCAGCAAACAUUUGGAUUUACAGUAAGGCAAUCAUCAACAAGUUAGAAUAAAUGUCUAUGGUCCACAGUUGGCAUAAAUCCUGAAAAAAUAAAAUUUAUAAAUUAACAUUUUCUAAAAUGCCUUCCCUGCGUUUAGAUAUAUGAUGGAAAGAUAGCUAAAAGACAUCGAUUGGUAACAUACUUUUAAAUUUACCUGUCAGUCACAAGUCAGGAAGAUUAUUGGCCAGUCUCUCUAUUUGUCUCUCGCCGGUAAAAAGCUGUAAUUCUCUACAAAUGUGAUCCAGAUUUUUUUUAUAACACUUCAGAAAAAGAAAGGAGAACACAGCACACAAGAGUUUAUGGAAAAAUUUUUUAAAUAAUUCAGUGAUUCUACCCAAGUACCAAUUUCUUUCUUGUGGAGAACAGUUCCCAAACAAAGUUAACAGCUUCUGUAUCAAGUAAUUAGUCAUCAGUCUUCAGUCAAUGAUGCAUGUACGUCAGUUCGUAAGACAGCAAGUCAGUCAGCUAGUCAGUCUGAGUCGGUCUAUUAGUCAGUCAGUCUGAGUCAAUCAGUCGAUCAGUCGAUCAGUCAAUCAGUCAAUCAGUCAAUUAGUAAAUCAGUCAGUCAGUCUGUCAGUCGGUCAGUCAGUCAAACAAUCAGUCAGUUAUAAAAGAUAGAAUUAAAAAAACUGUAGAAUUCAGAUUUUCAAUGGUUGACAUCUGGUCAGUUUGACAAUCACUUUAUCAUCAGUUAGUCAGCAAGUCGAUCAGUCAUGCAAUCUCACAUAAACAUUACUGGCAUUUUAGUCAUAAUCAGUCAAUUUGUAUGUGUGCAUUAAUCUUAAAACUUUCAUUUAUACAGAAGCUCCAAAACCAUGCAGCCCGUAUUUAUUGUAUGCAAGCAAUGAAAACUUCUUAUUAUUAAUGAGAUGUUCCAGGCACUCGGCUGGCGUUAUAGUCUCUAUGUACCACGCAGCAAGAUUGCCCUUCGUUUUGACAUAUUUUGAAGUAAAUAACACAACAAGGUUUGAGGGGAAGGCAUCAUGAGAUGACUGAGGGCUACAUGUACUUAUUAUUCAAGGAGGAAAUAAACUAUCGCAAGACAAACUACAACUCUGAAAAGAGUUGAAGAAACCAGAACUUGGUUUAUAUCCCUUUUUUUACCUAGCUCAUUCACCCAUAAUGGAUUGUUAAGUUAAAAAGGCAAUAAUCCUGGAAGAUAGCCAUUAAGAUUAUGGUCUAGUGCUGUUAUCUCACCGAUGACAUCUUAUCUGCAAGAAAACAAAAAAUUUUUUUAAUACAUGUACAGUGAGACAGUGCAAUGCAGUGCAAUCAAUCAAUUAAUCAAUCAAUCAAUCAAUCAAUCGGUCAAUCAGCCAGUCAGUCAGUCAGUCAGUCAGUCGGUCACUAAUUUGGUUGCUUGUUCCUCAACGAUUUAGUGAGUCCAACGCGUUGUUAGUCACUUAUUCAGUAGACAGUCUUCACUUUGAUUAUCAGUUGAUAAGCUGAUCAGUUAUCAGUAUGCCAAUCGAUCAGUCCGUUAACAAAUCUAACAACCAGUGAGUCAAUCAGUGUUAAACUCCAUGGCUUUCUAACAAAAUUCUGACCUUGAAUCAUUUGAGAUUUUAUCUGGACAAGACAGUGCCAAAAGUGACAAUACCUUACGGAAUUUACCUGAAAUUUAAAGCAACUGAGGUAAAUAAACUUGAAUGAAACUAUUUUGUCCGAAAGUCUUGGAAUUAUGUCAGAAUUAUUGAUUACUGCAUGUGUGUCAAAAGUAACAUCAAAAUUAAAAAAUAAUUGAAAUUUCUUCUAAUAAUUAAUUGGAUCUACAUGAAGUUUACUGAUUUCAGCACUUCUCAUUGUUACUUAAUUGCCGUACCUGAAAGAUGGCUUUAGAUGCUGGCACUGGCAGCUUAACAUACCUAACAGCUUUUAUCAUCAAUUAAUAAUAUAUAAAUUAUAUUUGUCCCAACUCUUUCAACAUUUUCCAUGUCCUUUCAGGUGCAAUAUAAAGUUUUCAGGGUCCUCGAAUCAUCGAAACCUCAACAGGUUCUUUUAAGUAGACCAAGUAUUCUAUUAGCCUUGGCAACCACAUUGUCAAAAUGGGAGUUCCAUGAGAGGUACUCAUUGGUAAUAACUCCUAAAUCCUUGAAUUCCUUGAUCUCAUCCAGUCUAUAACUAUUCAAAGUAAAGCUUGAAAUGUAGAGAUGUUUUUCUCAGUUAAUGCCAUAAUUUUGCAUUUUUUUACAUGAAAAUUCUGGCAAUUUCGAACGCUCUUCCUCAAAAAGGUUGUCCAAAUCCUGUUGAAACAAAUCCUGAUCAUUCGCAGCAUCAAUGAUCCUUGCAGGCAUCUGCAUAAAGAGUAAUAGUGUUGACCGGGAGAACGACUUCGGGUAAGUCACUUAUAAAAAUGACAAAGAAUAAGGGCCCCAACAAGGAGAACCCUGUGGGACUCCAGAUGUAACUUCAGCCCAGGAAGAGGAGACUCCAUCCAGCACCACUCUUUGUUGACGGUUGCUUUAAUAACUUUCACACCGGAGCAGAAGUAACCCGGAGAUUUCAAAACUACAGAGCUUUCGCAAUAAAAGUUGAUGAAUCACACUGUCAAAAGCCUUGAAGAAAUCCAAGAAUGCUACGUCAAGGGCCGCAGCCCACUAGUGAUAGGUAAGAACUAGCUGUGUUUCACAUCAUCAAAGAAAAAAAUACAUUUAAAUAUCCGCAAUAUUGACUGCAAAAAUUAUAUUAAGUAUCUAGGUAUACAUCUUUAUGAGCAUCCACUGUGGGAAUCCCAAAUUCAACAUGUAAAUAAUAAAUUAGAAAAGAAUGUAGUUAUAAUUAAUAAGUUAAGACACUAUCUUGAUUUUCAUACCCCAUUAUACCCCUAUUUAUCCAUACUUAAACUAUGGUCUUACCAGCUGGGGUGCUGCUUACAAAAGUAGAUUAAAUAAAAUCUGCACUGAGUAGAAUAGAUGUAUACGAAGCAUGUCCUUUGCUCAUGGCAGAGAACAUGUCAACCCCUACUAUAAUCUCCUUGGAAUCUUGAAACUUGAAAAUAUUUACAGACUAAAAGUAUCACUUUUUACAUAUAAACUUAAGAAUGACAAAAGUAACACCCCAGCUGUACUACUGAAUAUUCUCACACCUGCAUCAGAGAUUCACUCAUAUAAUACCAGGUAUGUUGCAAAUCAAAACUUCUUUAAGCCAUCAGUAUACACUAAUUAUGGUAUGUCUACGUUUAAAUUCUCUGCAAUAAAAAUCUGAGAAUCUGUACCACCUGAAUUUAAACGUUUUCCAUACAUGCUAUUCAAAAAGCGGUAUAAAAGAUUCUUGUUGAGUACUCAAAACUAACCAUAGUUAAACUGUUAGCUCUAUAAGAUAAUGCUUCACAAUAUGCAGUUUUCCUUUUAUUCUAACUUGCAUUUAUAUAUGUCUUUCUUCUCUUACGAUAACAAUUUCGUCUGUGAUGUCACUAUUAAUUUAAAUUAUACUAAACAUGCGGCCAAGCCCAACUAAUAUCUACACAUGACAGCGGCCAACUCGAAAGUUCAUUGGCUACUUUGGUCACUGUACACAAUUAAAUAUUCUUUCUUCUAGUUAAUUUCUGUUUGUAUUUUUUCUAUAUCAUUGUAAAUCAUGUUAUGUUAAGUUAUUUUUUCUGUAAACAGUGUGAAAUAAUGAAACUUGAAAACUUUCACAUGAUCUGCCUUUGACAAAUCCAUGUUGCCACUCAGUUAAUAGGGUGCAAUAUGCUCGUAGACAGCAGUAUGCACUAUCUGCUCCAAAAACUUGCUGGAAUGGGCAAUAAUGAGAUUGAUCUGUAGUUGUUUUACAAGUUCCCUGCUGUCACUCUUGUGAAUUGGAGUGAUAUUAGCCGAUUUCCAUAAGUCAGGCACUUUUCCAGACUUUAGAGACAAUAUUUAAAUUUCCCGCGUUCAUAUUGAAAAGAAUUAAACAGUUCCUUAAUUUACACAAAAAUAUGAUGAGCUGGAAAAUACCGAUCAAAUUCUAAUCAAAAAGUAAGAAUAUUGUGCAAAACAAAACAGCCUCAGGAAAUACCUUAUGCUUACACGCCUUUGUCCUCGCCUUUCAGAUAUUUCUGUGUACAGCGGAGUGUGUGUUGAUAUCAAAUAUUCGCAAUUUUUUGUAUUUAGCAGCCUCUGUAACCAUUCCCAUUAUUUUCAGAGGAAGGGCCCAUAUAAAAGAAUAUGUGAUUUUAAAGCCGACUGA